AUGUUCGGCAAGAGCGUGGUGCUGCGCAGCGCGGGGGUGCUGUCGGCGGCCGAGCUGGGCUGCCUGGUGAAGGAGGAGGACGUGGUGCGGCAUGAAUCCUUCACGGCCGAAUGGAGGGACCUGUCGCUCUCCACCAGGCCCGAGGAGGGCUGCUCCCUGCGGGAGGUGGACGAUCGGCGCAAGGAGACGUACUGGCAGCAGCAGGAGACGCGCUUCGUGGUGCAGCGAUCGCCCUGGCUCAUCAUGCGGCUGGGCCGGCUGGGCGAGCCCCUGGCCUGCUACCACCUGCCCUACCAGCGGGCGCUGCCCCUGCCCCUCUUUGUGCCGGCCGACCUGAGCGCCAAGGCUGAGCGGGGAGCCACCCCGCCCCAGCUGCGCCACAUGAUGGACUUCGAGACGGCGCUGGCCGGGGGAUCCCCACCCAACGGGCAGUGCCGGGACAAGAAGGCUGUGGCGGAGAUCACCAAGGAGCUGCCCCCCGUCGUCCAGCCCAGCCGGCCUGACUUCGGCAAGGGUGACUUCCAUCGCUCCCUGUCCCGCUCCCUAUCCCAGGAGGCGCAGCGGGGCUGA